UUUAUAUCAGCUUCAUCAUCAAUACGUGUCUUGUAUUUGUAAAAUGAGAGAUGACUAAGCUGUAUUUUCAUUCCUAUAAAUAGGAGUGUCUCACGUUCAUUUUAUAAUUAAGUUGAACGUUUACAAACACUCAUUACUCUCUCCCUCGUGUUUUCCACAAACACACAUACACAUAAUAAAUAAAUCAGUUCAUUUUCUUGUUAUCUUCUUUUAUUUCACAACACGUUAUCAGCACGACGAGCUCUCUUAUACCGACCGUUCUUAGACCAAGCAAGCGAGUAAUCAUGUCGAAUUUGACAAAGCUCGAAAUUAAUGCCCUGGAUAUUACGGGAAAUAACUAUAUGACCUGGGCAGUAGGUGCAAGAAUGCACCUAAGAGGUAGCGGGCUUUUGGAAACCAUCGAUAAUACUAAAACGGUGUCGGAUGAGAAAAAGGCUAAAGCCAUGAUAUUUUUACGACACCACAUACAUGAUGGUUUAAAAGAUGAAUAUAUUACGAAAGAGGAUCCUGGGGACCUCUGGCAAUCUCUUAAAGAGAGGUUUGAUCACCAGAAGUAUGUGAUCUUACCAAAAGCCAAACACGAGUGGAUCCAUCUCCGGUUCCAGGACUACAAAAGUGUAAGUGAGUUUAAUUCCGAUAUGUUCGGAAUUACUUCAAGGAUGAUGUUAUGUGGAGAGAAAAUAAGCGAUUAUGAUAUGAUCGAGAAAACUCUCUCCACGUUCCAUCCUGAAAAUGUAGUCCUGCAGCAACAGUACCGGGUGAAUGGAUUUAAGCGUUAUUCGGAGUUGAUGCAAAUCCUCCUUGUAGCGGAACAAAAUAAUCAACUCGUGUUAUUAAACCAUCAGGCUCGUCCCACUGGAUCUGCUCCAUUCCCCGAAGUGAAUGUUGCAUCAUCCAGUUAUGAUAAUUGGAGAAGACGAGGACGUGGACGUGGUCGAGGUCGAAAUCAUGGUCGUGGGAGAGGACGAGGAAGAAGAUUCCGUCCGUAUGAUGAAAGAACUAAAAAGGACUCCCAAGAGAAUGAAAGGGGCCGGGAUGAUAAAAGGCAAACAGAAAAGGUUUGCUACAGAUGUGGCAUGAAAGGUCAUUGGGUACGUACUUGUCGUACACCAAGACACUUAGCCGAUCUGUAUAAAGAAUCCCAAAAGGGAAAAGAGAAAAGUGGAGGUGAAACGAAUUUCAUCUCGGAUGAACCCGGGCCAUCCUUUCAUGAUUUAAAUGAUGAUACUCAUCUCGACGUAUCAGAUUUUCUGGUUGAGCCAGAAAACAUCGAUGUGUGAUAUAAGAUCGAUGUGAUAUAAGUCUACUGUAUUAUAGUAUCAUUAUCUUUUGUUGUAAGAUAUAUGUUAUGUUUCUUGUUUCAUGUUCAAUAAUAUAUGUUUUAUAAAUAUUUUAAAUUCAGAAAGAAUGCCAGACUUUGAGACUUUGGAUGGAGAUAUGUGCUUGGCGGAUAGUGCGUCAACGCACACAAUAAUUAAAGAUAGAAAAUAUUUCUCCAGUCUCAAAAUGAAAGAUUACGUUGGAAGCGUAAGUACAAUAUCUGGUAAUGCAAAG